UUUAUGCUCAGCCGAUCCAGACCAGCCAAGAAAGAAGCUGACAUGGAACAGGUGAAGCCGCAAGACACGUACGAAGACAUAGCAGAGGGCGAAGGCGGAAGGUUCCUCGUGUCGGGGAAAAUAGAGAAGGAUCCACCAAGCAAGGGCUCCAACUACAGAAGACUCACUGAGGCCAGCCACACGACUGAGUUGUCCUCGACCCUCUCCUUUGACGACCGGGCCUCCGGCGUGUCCACGAGAGCCAAUGGUCGAACCCCAAGUCCGUCGCGAUCACCGGAUCUCGGUCGACCAGCCCAUGGUAAGACGUCCUUAACGGGACAAGUCCUCGGGUUCCAGAUGUCGACCAGCACGAACAAUUCCGAAGGUGAAAAUUACUAUUCUGUAGAGAAUGAGGAUUACGAGUGUAUCCCGGAACCGAGUUUAAAACAGCCCGCGCUGAGGCCCGGGAUUAAAGUCGCCACGC